GCCUGCAAAAGCGCUCGGAUUGAAGCGGGGCGGAGGGAGCGGGGAGGGAGGGAGGAAGCCAAGAGGAUCUCAAUCCACCCAGGGGGGUGCGCUUACCUUUCCCGGCGUACGAGCGCCGCGUGUCUUCCUCUGCCCGUCUCUCUCUCUCUCUCUCUCUUUCGGGCUCCCCAGCAGCCAAGCCAAGCUAAGCUUCCUGCAGGAGAGGGAGGCGAAGAAGCCAGAGAGAGAGAGAGAAAGAGAGAGAAAGGACGAGCGCCAGUCUUUGGCCGGAGGGAAAGCCCCGCAAGAGAAGGAGACUCGCCGAGGACGGAUCGCAAAGUUGCCGCUUUCUUGUCACUGGAAAAUGACACUUGGUGUAGCCAAGGGCGCCGCCGUCCCUGCAGCCGCCGCUACAGCCGCCACCGCCGCGCCGGUUGAACCUAUUGUUUCUUAAACUGCUUUCUUUCUUCGGCGAUCCAAAAGAGGGGGGGACUUCAGCACGGAAAGGACGCCGCCGGCGACGUCCUGCCACUUCUUGCGCGAUCCCGGCCAGCCAGCCAAGAAGAAAAACCAUAUUCUGAUUUUGUUAAAGAAAAAGAGGAGGAGGAGGAGGAAGAAGAGGAGGAGGAGGAGGAAGAGGCCAGCCGGUGUCUCGCGCCCACCCUCCAAAGAACAAGCUCGUCAGGCGGCCGCUUAGAGCAUCCGCAGCCGGCCCCGGGGGGAGAUUUUUGUAACCCUUUGGAUUCCCCCCCCUCUUCUCUCUCUCUCUCUCUUUCCCCCCAAUCCCUUCAAUGUCUGUGUUUGAUUUUCUCUGAUUUGCUUUGAUUCAGCAGCCGUUCCAGAAAAAGAAAGAAAGAAAGAAAGAAAGAGCAAGAGGGGGAGUGAAACGAAAACCCUGAUCCGCUCCGCGCUUUUUCUUGUCAACACCCUGCGUUGUGGCUGGUUUUUGUUUUUGCAUUUUUGUUUUUCCUUGCUUUUCCUACUUUUUUUUUUCUUCAAGAAGAAAAGAAGGUUUUGGUUGUCCUUAAUUCAUGUUUGGGAUUCAGGAAAGCAUUCAGAGGAGUGGGAGCAGCAUGAAGGAAGAGCCCCUGGGCGCCGGCAUGAACGCGGUCAGGACAUGGAUGCAGGGAGCCGGCGUCCUGGAUGCAAACACCGCGGCGCAGAGCGGGGUAGGCCUGGCCCGGGCUCAUUUCGAGAAGCAGCCGCCUUCCAACUUGCGGAAAUCGAACUUCUUCCAUUUCGUGCUGGCUUUGUACGACCGGCAGGGGCAGCCCGUGGAGAUCGAGCGCACCGCCUUCGUGGGCUUCGUGGAGAAAGAGAAAGAAGCCAACAGCGAAAAGACCAACAAUGGGAUCCAUUACCGUCUGCAACUCCUCUACAGCAACGGGAUAAGAACCGAACAGGAUUUUUACGUCCGUUUAAUCGACUCCAUGACAAAACAAGCGAUAAUAUAUGAAGGCCAAGACAAGAAUCCAGAAAUGUGCAGAGUUCUGCUCACCCAUGAAAUAAUGUGCAGCCGCUGUUGUGACAAGAAAAGCUGCGGCAACAGAAAUGAGACUCCUUCAGAUCCGGUGAUAAUUGACAGGUUCUUCUUGAAAUUUUUUCUUAAAUGUAACCAGAACUGCUUAAAAAAUGCAGGAAAUCCUCGAGACAUGCGGAGAUUUCAGGUUGUGGUAUCUACAACAGUCAAUGUGGAUGGCCACGUCUUGGCAGUGUCGGAUAAUAUGUUUGUGCACAAUAACUCCAAACAUGGGCGGAGGGCUCGAAGGCUUGAUCCUUCGGAAGCAGCUACACCCUGUAUCAAAGCCAUCAGUCCAAGUGAAGGAUGGACUACGGGAGGUGCCACUGUCAUCAUCAUAGGAGACAAUUUCUUUGAUGGGUUACAGGUCAUAUUCGGCACCAUGCUGGUGUGGAGUGAGCUUAUUACGCCACAUGCUAUCAGAGUUCAGACACCACCCCGACAUAUUCCUGGUGUUGUGGAAGUUACAUUGUCCUAUAAAUCCAAACAGUUCUGUAAAGGCACACCUGGAAGAUUUAUCUACACAGCUUUGAAUGAACCAACCAUUGACUAUGGCUUCCAAAGGUUACAGAAAGUCAUCCCGAGGCAUCCUGGUGACCCUGAGCGUUUACCAAAGGAAAUAAUCCUGAAAAGAGCAGCUGAUAUUGCAGAAGCACUCUACAGUGUCCCUCGUAAUCAUCAGGAAAUAAUCCUGAAAAGAGCAGCUGAUAUUGCAGAAGCACUCUACAGUGUCCCUCGUAAUCAUAACCAACUCCCUGCGCUCGCUAAUACAUCAGUCCAUGCUGGCAUGAUGGGUGUGAAUUCAUUUAGUGGUCAAUUAGCAGUAAAUGUCUCAGAAGCCUCACAGGCCACCAAUCAGGGUUUUACUCGCAACUCAAGCAGUGUGUCUCCUCAUGGCUAUGUGCCAAGCACUACCCCUCAGCAGACAAACUACAACUCUGUCACAACAAGCAUGAAUGGGUAUGGAAAUGCUGGAAUGUCCAAUUUAGGUGGUUCUCCAACCUUCCUGAAUGGAUCUGCUGCCAACUCUCCCUACGCCAUUGUGCCAUCCAGUCCAACCAUGGCAUCCUCUACUAGUCUCCCUUCUAAUUGUAGCAGCUCCUCUGGGAUCUUCUCCUUCUCACCAGCCAAUAUGGUCUCAGCAGUGAAACAGAAGAGUGCUUUUGCUCCUGUUGUCAGACCACAGACAUCCCCUCCCCCCACCUGUACCAGCACCAAUGGGAAUAGCCUGCAAGACCAGUCUUUUGUGGACUCUAGCAAGUACUCCACUGCAGGGUCUCUCCAGGGUCUGGCCUUCUCCUGAACUAUAUCUGGCAUGAUAGUUCCUCCCAUGUGAAUGAAUUGCCUUGAAGAAUUGACUAAUGAAGGAUUUGGAUUCUGCUCCAGAACAAAGUCUGACCCAAGUCCCAGAGGGGAACUUUUAACUCAGGCCUUUCUUCAAGGAAAAAGGAAGACUUUCACAAUAACUGCAAAGUUUUAAAAAAAAAACACACACACAUUUUUUUUAAAAAAAAAAAAUUGCCAUCCUUGCAAAAUAUUCCUGAAAUCUACUCACAGCCUGCAAGGGCAAGAUGUUAAUUUGAGCUGUCCGUCCCAAGUUCUUGGGGGAGAAAUUUGUGUCCUGAAGAAAAUACGCUUUGGUCUUUUCAGUUUUUAUGGGUCACCUUUUGUCUUUUACAAAUCACAACGGGAGGGAGAGGCACAAAGAUGAAAAGCCAACUUGAGAACUUUUCUUUGUUGUAGUUUUUUAAAACUGUCUUAAAGGGAAAUAAAGUGGCAACACAUGAGUUUCUAUGGAACAAAAGUAGAAGUGCCAGUCAGGAAUUAUUGAUGUUUUUUCUUUCCUUCGAAAAUUAAUGGCUGUGCCAGUAAGGGUUGUUUUCAUAUGUUUUACUUAACGAACAAUAGCACAUACAUCUGGGAUUUGCAGACUGGGGAAGUAUCCAUGGAUGUCCUUGUGAACAUACUGAUAGAUACAAAGAUUCACCAUAUAUACAUAUACAAAAAGGAUUUCAUUUUAGAAGCCAUGAUUCCCCCCCCCUCCUUAAUCCCUCCACACCUCUUUUUGACAACUUAGAGGAUCACGUAAAUACUGCAAGGCAGGGG